AUGCAAUUUUCAACCUUAGCUAUCUUAUCAAUUGCCUCAAGUGCUUUAGCCAGUUAUAAUUCAACUGUUACAGACAUUGGAACCACUAUUAUCACUGUGACUAGUUGUCAUGAAGAUAAAUGUACUGAGGUCCCAGUAACUACGGGAAUUUUGACAGUUACCGAAGAAUUUACAACUUAUACAACAUACUGUCCAUUAACUAGCGAAGAAGAAGGUGAAAAAACCACUGUUGCUGGUGAAUCAUCAACUGAAUCAUCUGCUGCUCCAUCAACUCAUGCUAAUGCUACUGUUUCAUCAUACUCAGCUGGUGCCGGUAAAAUGCAAGUUGGAGGUGCUGUCUUAUUAGGUGCUGCUUUAUUAUUAUAA